AUGCCCGCCCGCUGCCUGCUGCUCCUGGGGCUGCUCCUGCAGCUGCCAGCUGCCUUCUGCCAGCAAGCCCGGGGCAGCCUCCAGCCGUGGUCCCAGGGUGUCAUUGCAGUGGUUGUGUUCCUAGUGCUGGUGGCCAUCGCUUUCGUGGUCAACAGGUUCUGGUGUAAGGACAAAGUGGAAAGUGCUGAGAACGUGGUGAGCGUGGAGGACAAGCCAGAUGCUGUCAUGUCCAACGGCCAUGAAGGCAGAUACGUAUCAGCUGCAGCUGACUUCAGGUCCAAAGAGAACCAGCACGCCUACGAGAACACCGUGGAGCCCGAGGAGAAGGUGAUCACCACGGCCAUGUAGCAGCACCCAUCCACCACCCUCCUCUGCCCUCCAUCCGCUUCCCGCUGCUGCGAUGGGCGCUUUCACAGAGACCCUCUGCACUGGCAUCCCCGGGACUGAGGGGCCCUGGCCUCUCCACAGCACCACCACCUCCUCAUCUUCUCCUUUUCCACCCGUGGGACAUGUUCUUGUCCCUCUGGGGCUGCUGUCCACACAGGCAUCAGUUCCCAGGAGGGGUCUGGAGGUGCCACCUCUCCUGCCUGGUGGUCACCCCACCUGGUUGUCUCAAGUCCCAGGAGGGUGUUGACCUGUUCAAGACACAGAGGGGAUCCUGUUGGGUGCCUGGGACAUCCCCAUGCUCCCAGCUGCCCUCCAGGGAGCUGCUGAUGGAAAACCUACUCUUUUCUCCCCAGUUCACCCUCCUUUUUAUGACCUACACCAUGCAUUUUAAUGUCAGAACAAGCCUCCCCCUCUGUACAUAUC